AUGUUCCAAAACACCUGCCUGGUUUCGCGGCUGAAGCUAGCGGCGCAAGACAUCAUCAUCUCUGCGCUGCGCAAGUGUACGGUCAAAAAGGGCACCGUGCUUAUCAAGCAAGGCGAGCAGGGCGACGCGCUGUACCUGGUGGCUUCGGGUUCGUUCGACGUGUUUAAGACCGUCGACGACCGCGAAGAGAAGGUCAACGAGAUGACGCCCGGCCAGAUGGUUGGCGAGCUCUCGCUCUUGUACGAUACGCCGCGCGCUGCGACCGUCGUCGCGCGCGAGGACAGUUGCGUGUAUAAGCUCGACCGACAAACGUUCAACUCCGUUGUGAAAGCCUCCGCGCGCGAAGGCCGCAAGCGCUACCUCGAGUUUCUCAAGCGCAUUGACGUGCUCCAAGGCUUGAAGAAAGACCAGCUCGAGCAGCUCGCGGACGUGCUCAGCGAGCAGCGCGUGCCGAGCGGAAAGACCAUCGUCGAGCAGGGCGAGAAAGGCUCGACUUUUUACCUGCUCGCGCAGGGCUCCACCGAAGCGCGCAAGAUGAUCAACGGCCAAAUGCAAACCGUCAAGAAGUACGAAGCGCCCGCCUACUUCGGCGAGCUCUCGCUGCUCGCUCGCCAGCCGGUCGCCGCGAACGUGGUCGCCACCUCUGACUGUGUGUUGCUCGGGCUCGACGUCGCUGCGUUCUACCGCCUCAUGGGACCCGUGGAAACUGAGUUGCUCGAACGCUCGAAGCACUACAGCGACAACCCCAUUUAG